UGAAGUCGGAAUAGUUCAACCUGUCCCUGUGUCCAUGUACGACUAUUAUGAUCCAGGUUUUUGACUGUUAAUGAAAGCGCAGGAAUGUCAAUUAUCGAUGUUGGUGUUCUCAAUGGAUUUAGUGUGAAACAAGAUAGCCUGAUCGAACUUCAAGAUAAAGCUAAUCCAGGAAUAGCGAAGUUUGAAAUAUCUGACCGACAAGUGUAUUUGUACCUGGACAAAAUAGCCAGCACACACGCGCUUUGUUUCAAUCUGGAGUUCAAACGUGACUUUGAAGUCGGAAUAGUUCAACCUGUCCCUGUGUCCGUGUACAACUAUUAUGAUCCAGCUUCAAGAUAAAGCUAAUCCAGGAAUAGCGAAGUUUGAAAUAUCUGACCGACAAGUGUAUUUGUACCUG